AUGGGCGAGUACAUCGUCAAUCCGUCGUUGAGCACUCUCCCGGAGGAGUUUGAUAUCAUCGUAUGUGGUGGUGGAAGUUGCGGUUGUGUGGUGGCCGGCCGGCUGGCCAACUUGGACCACAACCUGAAGGUGCUGCUCAUCGAGGCUGGUGAGAGCAAUCUCAACAACCCAUGGGUGUACCGGCCGGGUAUCUACCCACGAAACAUGAAGUUGGACUCAAAAACGGCAUCUUUUUAUGAGUCUCGUCCGUCCAAGUGGCUCGCUGGCCGAAAGGCGGUGGUGCCAUGUGCCCAUAUCCUCGGUGGUGGGUCAUCGAUCAACUUUAUGAUGUAUACGCGUGCCUCUGCGUCAGACUACGACGAUUUCCAGGCCAAGGGUUGGACAACCAAAGAGCUUCUUCCACUCAUGAAGAAGCACGAGACAUAUCAGCGCCCGUCACAUAACCGCAACCUACACGGUUACGAGGGCCCUAUCAAGGUCUCGUUUGGAAACUACACAUAUCCCAUUAAGGAUGACUUCCUCAGGGCUGUUGAGACCCAGGGUAUUCCUGUUGUCGAUGAUCUUCAAGACCUUGUCACUGCCCACGGCGCUGAGCACUGGCUGAAGUGGAUCAACCGCGACACCGGACGUAGGAGUGACAGCGCUCACGCUUAUAUCCACUCGACUCGAGCCGUUCACUCAAAUCUUUACCUUGCUACCAAUACAAAGGUCGACAAGGUUAUCAUCGAGAAUGGCCGCGCGGUCGGCGUGAAGACUGUUCCUACAAAGCCAUGCGGCGGUAUCCGUGAUGGCCGCACUUUUAAGGCGAGGAAGCAAAUCAUUGUGUCCGGCGGCACUCUGUCAUCACCGCUCAUCCUCCAGCGCUCUGGUAUCGGUGACCCCAAGAAGCUCCGGGCUGUUGGUGUAAAGCCUAUUGUGGAUUUGCCCGGUGUCGGUCUCAACUUCCAGGACCACUAUCUCACAUUUUCUGUUUAUCGUGCGAAGCCUGACACGGAGAGCUUCGACGAUUUUGUUCGUGGCGACCCUGACACCCAGAGGAGGGUUUACGAAGAAUGGAACCUGAGAGGCACCGGUCCUCUGGCCACGAACGGCAUCGAGGCCGGUGUAAAGAUCCGGCCUACGGCCGAAGAACUCAAGGACUUCGAGCGGUGGCCCACUCCCCACUUCAAGGAUGGCUGGAAGUCAUAUUUCGAGAAGAAGCCUGACAAGCCCGUCAUGCACUACAGCGUGAUCAGCGGAUGGUUCGGCGACCACAUGCUUAUGCCCGCCGGCAAGUUCUUCACCAUGUUCCACUUCCUCGAGUACCCGUUCUCGCGUGGUUCUACGCACAUCAAGAGCCCUGACCCGUACGAGGCCCCCGACUUCGACACGGGUUUCAUGAACGACGAGCGGGACAUGGUUCCCAUGGUUUGGGGAUACAUCAAGUCGCGUGAGACGGCUCGACGAAUGGACGCCUACGCCGGCGAGGUUGAGGCCAUGCACCCGUUCUUCGACUACGACUCACCCGCGAGGGCCCAUGACAUGGACCUUCUGACGACCAAGGCCUACGCCCUGCCCGGCAACCUUUCAGCAGGUCUUGGCCACGGCAGCUGGUCCAGCCCACUCACAGAGGCGGAGAAGAAACCCACCAUCUCCUACCUCAACUCUCACCACAAGGAGGUCCGUGACGAGCUCCAGUACACCAGCAAGGAUAUCGAGGCCGUCGAGGAGUGGGUCAAGCGCCAUGUCGAGAGUACCUGGCACAGUCUGGGCACUUGCUCGAUGGCUCCUAAGGAGGGUAACAGCAUCGUCAAGCACGGCGUGCUCGACGAGCGCCUCAACGUACACGGCGUCCAGGGCCUGAAGGUUGCUGAUCUUUCGAUCUGCCCUGACAAUGUCGGCUGCAACACAUAUUCGACUGCCCUUCUUAUCGGAGAGAAGUGUGCCGUUCUCACGGGUGAGGACUUGGGCUACUCUGGCUCCGCUCUGGACAUGAAGGUUCCCGAGUACAACGUUCCCGGUGAACUGAAGCACCCGCUUCGCCUGUAA